UGGGGGAGGUGGUAAAGGAAAGACAUCAAAGAAAAAUACAGAAGCUGAUGAAUCUGGAAAAUCUACAAAAUUAAAGGCUGCAAAUAGUAUAAAGGUUGCAGAAUUAUAUAGUGAAGAUAAGGCAAAACAAGGAGGUUAA